CCUCUGCUCUGUUCCUCUCUCUCCGGGCCAAGACAAGAGGCCAGCACGGUGGGCAUCGAUUCCAGGGCGACGUGCCCACGAGCACAGAGCAGAAGCGACCUGGGCAGCCAAACGUGGGGGCGGGAGGAGCGGCGGCUGUCCCCCUUAGCCCUGACCCAUGACCUCUGCCUGCUGAUUUCUUCAUGUUGGUUCAACAUUAACCCAGAGGGGCCAGAUCGGCCAGCCUGCGAUCCCUACGUCCACAGCUUCUCCGCAGGCACCAUGAUGGGUGUUCGGGGCCUGACCCUGCAUAGCUGCCUGAGCCUGGGAGUCUGGCUAUGUCUUGUCCACUGUGAGCACGUGUUCCUAGGCCAGCAGCAGGCACUGUCUGUGCUCCGGAGGACCCGGCGGGCCAACAAGGGCUUCCUGGAAGAAAUGCGAAAGGGAAAUCUGGAGAGGGAGUGCCUGGAGGAGGUGUGCAGCUAUGAGGAGGCCUUCGAGGCCCUGGAGUCAGCCCCAGUCACGGAUGCUUUCUGGACCAAGUACCAAAUUUGUGGAUCUCUGAGGCCCUCCAGAGACACUUUUGAUGCCUGCCUACAAGGGAUCUGCGCCGAGGGCAACGGGAUGAAUUACCGCGGAAACAUCUCCGUCACCAAGUCUGGGAUCGAGUGCCAGCUGUGGAGGAGCCGCUACCCGCACAAGCCAGAACUCAACUCCAGCACGCACCCCACGGCCGACCUACGGGAAAACUUCUGCCGGAAUCCAGAUGGCAGCUCCACCGGGCCCUGGUGCUACACCAGCACCCCUUCCGUGCGGCGAGAGGAGUGCAGCAUCCCGGUCUGCGGAGGGGACGGCUUCACCGCGCCGGUGACUACAGAAAGCCCCAGCCGGCUGGACCCGAGGAACUCGCAGCCCUGCGUCCCUGACAAGGGCCGGAAGUAUCAGGGAAGCCUGGCGGCCACCCUCUCGGGCAGCCCCUGCCUGCCCUGGGCCUCCGAGCUGCUGAAGCCGCUCCUCAAGGAGCAGAACUUCGACCCCUCCGUGUCCCUGGCAGAGAAUUACUGCCGAAACCCGGACGGGGACGAGGAAGGCCUCUGGUGCUACGUGGCUGGGAACCCCAUCAGAAUGGAGUAUUGCCAGGUCAACUACUGCGAAAUCCUUGAGGAGGAGGUGGACAGAGAGCCGGAGCCGGAGCCGGAGCCGGAGCCGGAGCCGGAGACCAUCGACGGCCGGAGCGCGGUGCAGGAGUACCAAGUGUUCUUCAAUGAGAAGACCUUCGGCGCCGGAGAAGCGGACUGCGGCAUUCGGCCCCUGUUCGAGAAGAUAGGCCAGAUGGACAACGAUGAGAAGCAUCUGCUGAACUCCUACUUGGGCGGGCGCAUCGUGCAUGGGCACAACGUGGAGCCGGGCACUGCCCCCUGGCAGGUGAUGCUUUUCCGGCAGAGACCUCAGGAAAUGCUGUGUGGAGCCAGCCUCAUCAGUGACCGCUGGGUCCUCACCGCUGCCCACUGCAUCUUCUACCCCCCCUGGGACAAGAACUACACGGUUCAGGACCUCCUAGUGCGCAUCGGCAAACACCAGCGUGCCAAGUAUGAACGGCCCAUUGAGAAGAUCGCCAAGCUGGAGAAAGUCAUCAUCCACCCCAAGUACAACUGGAAGGAGAAUCUGGACCGCGACAUCGCCCUGCUGAAGCUCAAGAAUCCCAUCACCUUCUCCGACUACAUCCACCCCAUCUGCUUGCCCUCCAAGGAGAUGGUGCAGAAGUUAUUCCUGUCUGGGCACAAAGGGAGGGUCACCGGCUGGGGCAACCUAAAGGAGACCUGGACCUCCACCAAAGAAAAUCUGCCCGAAAUCAUGCAGAAAAUCAGCCUCCCCAUCGUGGAGCAGAACUUGUGCCGGGCCUCCACCCGGAUCAAAAUCACAGACAAUAUGUUCUGUGCAGGGUACCCACCUAACGUUGAGGAACGAGGGGAUUCUUGUGAAGGGGACAGCGGGGGACCUUUUGUUAUGAAGAACCCUUUUGACAAACGCUGGUACCAGAUGGGGAUCGUGUCCUGGGGGGAAGGCUGCGACCGGGAUGGGAAAUACGGCUUCUACACGCAUGUUUUCCGUCUGAAGAAAUGGAUACAGAAAGCCAUAGACAAGUUUGGAGGUUAGGGGCCCCGGUGUGAGGCCCCCUCCCCAGAAAGGAGCAUGAACUGGAGAGCCCCCCACGACAGGGGAGGGUUUUGUGUUUGUUUUGUAUUUCUAAGAUAUCUAUUUCCCAAUAAACAUAUUUCCCUCUACAA